GGUCGGUGCUGAUCCCAAAAGUGGGAAUGGCUGAGUGAUGUUGUGUCCGGGAAUUUUUUAAGUAAAUAUUCAGCUUGUGGUUAUGCUCUUGCAGUCAAACAGAAGCACCGCGGUUUUAUGGAUGCAUCUGACGGCAGAGAAUACUGAAGAGGAAUGAUGUCCACGAAGAACGCUAUCACGAAGGAACUGAGCGACAGCAUUCGACAUGUGCUGGACCGCAGUGCCAAGGUGUCUUUCAAGUGUAUGGUGCGCUUGGAGAUCAAACAAGACAAAACGGAGAACAGAGUGCUGGCAUUUUCUUCAUGUAGGUUUUUUAUCCUCACUGCCAAAGUACCAACCAAGAUUGAGCACUCUUUUCACUAUUUAGAAAUUCAAACUGUAGAGAGCAAAAAGCCAAACCAGCUCUGCCUAACCAUAGACAACAAAGUGUACACAUUCUAUUCAGUUGAUCCUGAGUCCAGUGAUGUUGACCAUAUGAUCAUCCAGCUAGGAACUGCUGUAAAAAGCAUUUUUCCACAAGUGCCUUUGGAGUUGAUAAUCAGACGAGUGGAAGCAGUACCAGCUGUGAGGCUUCAGCCAAUGCUCGAGUUCAACCAGUCGGCCGAAGCCUCAGACCCAGGUCCAUGUGGAAACUUCUCAGCUCAGUACAUCUGCAUGUGCGACUUCCAUGGUCUUCCUUUCAGAGAAGACGUGGCAUGGGAUGUAGACACUAUAUAUUUGUCUCACGAUACAAAAGAGCUGUCAUUGUUAGACUUUGAUCAUUUAGAGGGCCGAGACCUGGUGCCAAUCAUAUCUGCACUUUGUUACAAUGCCUGGUUCACAAAGUUCAGAGCAAGCAAUGUAAAACUGGCUUCAGAAGCACUCGAACAAGUACUCCAGGUGAUGAAACGUUCUGUGUCACUGGAGGAGUUGUACCUGGAUAACACAGGCAUUAAAUGGGAAUUUGCACACAAACUUUCCAUGACCUUGAUCGCCAACCCUAACUCGCCAUUGAACUCGUUGGACCUUUCCAACAACUUGAUAGAAGACAAAGGGCUGAAUAGUCUGUGUGGGAUCAUUGCCAAAAUUACUCAAGGAGUCGGGCAGCUUUGUGUGCCACUGGGAAAGCUGCAUAAGGGACUGAGCUACCUGAACCUUGCCCACACAGGAAUCACUGCCAAGGGUGUUAACACACUUGCACAUGCACUUUCUUUGAACCGUUCCAUGCCCUCCAACCUCACAUACCUCAAUCUCAGUGAUAAUGUCUUCAAGGAUGACAUAAAUAACCUGUACAACUACUUGGCUCAACCAAACUCUCUCGUCCACCUAGAUCUAUCUGGCACUGAAUGUGCCCUGGAAACUGUAUUUGGGGCACUCUUGCGUGGCUGCACUCAGAAGCUUGAGGUGCUGAACCUAUCUCGAAAUAUGUACAGCUCAAAGAAGUGUAAAGAGGUGCUUGUGCCACCUUCAUUCAAGACAUUCUUUUCAAGCACUGUCGCACUACGUCACCUCAACAUGGCAAAUGUCCGCAUGCCUAUGGAGGCACUCAAGGCCAUGCUUCUUGGUUUGGCUUGUAAUGAGAUCCUCACUGAGGUGUGGCUUGACCUGAGUUGCAACGACCUGAAAACUCAAGGUGCGCUGGUACUCGAGUCCUGUCUGCCAGGGAUCCGCUGCCUGUACAGCCUGGACAUCAGUGAAAACAAUUUUGACCAAGAUUUGGCCAACAUUGUGGCAGCUGUUGGAAAAAAUCAAUCCAUCAAACGACUUUCAAUAGGGAGGAACUUCACCAACAUGAAGACAAAGCACAUAACUCGUGUGAUGGAAGCAGUUGUACAGCUUAUUCAAGAAAAGGACUCCUCUCUUGAAUACCUUUCAUUAGCAGAUUCAAAGCUUCGUGGGGAGUUAUGUCUUGUUAUUAAUGCACUUGGUAGUAAUCAGUGCCUCACAUCAAUUGAUAUCACUGGUAACUACAUGGGCCUGAAUGGUGCAAAGACCCUUGCAAAGGCCCUCCAAAUCAACUCUAAGCUGAAAAGCAUUCUUUGGGAUCGGAAUUCUACACCUGCUCAAGGUUUUCAAGAUAUUGCAUAUGCACUUGAGAAGAACUUCACCCUUAGGUACAUGCCUUGUCCAGUUGUUGAUAUCACCCUGGCGAUGAAAAUUGCACCUGAGCGCACCGAGACUGCCUGGAAGAAGAUAUCUGAACUUCUGCACCGUAACGUGUCGCCUAAAAAGCACAGCAAUAGCCAGGCAUUCCGACUGCAGCAAGGAUUCCUGUUGAGCUCAACACAACAGAUGGUGGAUCGUUGGAUGCUUCACCUCCAAGAUGUAAUCAGGACGGCGCAGGCUUCAUCUUCAGAAGAUGUCACUUGUGAUGAGGAAGUGCUCAAGGCUGAAGGAUAUUUGAAGGAUGCCAGCAGUGCCAAACAGCUGCUGACUCGGCUACAUGAUGUCGUCCUUCAACAGGAGGAAGCAGGCAACCCAAUCGAAAUAAAGUUACAGGGUUGCGUAGACGAGAUGGAGAAGACACUGAAUGCUUAUCUUAAGGGAACUGCUUCGAACAUGUUGAAGUGCAUUGAAGACCAGUGUCCUACAAUCAUGUCUGAUGAGAAAGUUCGAAGAGAGAUUGAGGACAUCUGUCGAAGUCGACAGAACUUCCCACAAGAGGUUCUCCAGCGGGCUAUUCUGGACCAAGCUGGCACUGACAUUCUGAACCGCAUAAGUGAAAUUAACCUGACAAUAGCAGCUCAUGUCUCUGACCGUAUAUUAGACGAAGUGAUUGAGAGCUUACCACGGAGUCACCGUGACUUGGUGGACAAACUCAAUCGUCAGCGCAGCUCAACACCAGAUGUCCUUCGAAGUGGUUUACGGCCAGACAGUCACAGUGGGGACACACACUGUGAUCAAGAUAGUGUUAGUGAAAGCUCAGACUCACCACUGCAGUUGGCUUGGUUGAAUCUAGCAACACCCAAGCUACCAAUGAAACGAAAAAGCAUCAACUGCAGAAAACUGAGGCCACAAUCUGUUGUAGAUAGCGUCGAAGGGAUAGCAGCGGAUGAUAUCCCCGACCUUUUGCCGAAAGGUUCAGAAACAGACAGCCUGCCAAACUUGUCUCCAACAUCUGAAAAGCUGGAACAUCUGGGAAAGGCGCGACCCAAGCGUCCAAAGACACACGCGCCUACGCGACCUUGUCUGCAAGCUUCUGAGAGUCGAGAACCACCUCUUGCAGAGGGGUUGGACUGCUUUUUCAAGCGGCACCCAUCUACCUCAACACCCACACUCUCGCCUGAUUCCGAAGAUGCAGGGCUGAAGAGUGACAGCAGCACGUCUGCAAGCAGCUCCAUUCUGAUUACUGAAUCCAAGCCACUGGAAAAGUCCCCUUCUGACAACAAAGAAACUGAGAAGCGCAGCUUCAUGAAGGGCAUCAGCAGUUUGUUCAGCCGAGCUUCAUCAUCAUCGUCGGAAUCGGUGGUUGUGCAAAAAUCAAAACAAGAAUCAAAAGACAUUGGAAGCAGUGUUAUGUCUACAUCCAUGUCUGCUUACUCUUCUGUGAAAUCAAGGCAUGACAUCGAUGUCCACGAUAAGGAAAAUGGAGAAAUGGUCACUGAAGUCAGAGUAUCUGAGACAACAAAGAUUUCUGGCAUGGAAAAGUUUGGUGUGGGGCCUGGAUCAGUGAUAUUAGCUGAAAUGAAGGCAUUGCAGGGAAAGCGUACAUCUGGGGGAGCUUCAACAAAAGGAAGUGUGUCUGAGGAAAAAGGUACUGGUCCUCUUGAGUCUCCCAAGGACACUGGGCCUUUUCCAUCAGUUCGGCUUAAGCCAACAGGGCUUGCCGAGUCAUUGCGUUCUCCGACUGAAUAUUAUCCUCGAGAAAAGAGCUGCAUCAGUCCCUCAGAGAAUGUUCCCUCUUCACCUCAGCUAAGUACCCCGGGCAGUUCACCGAAGACAGUUGCAGCCUUGAAAUGUGGUCGUCCGCCACCGCCUGUUGCACCAAAGCCACGACCAAAGUCAAUGGUUGGCACAAUGGAAUCCCGGUUGUCAGGAGAAUUCUCCAGUGAUGAGGGUCUGAGAACAAGAGCUAGGACACCAGAUGAAGCAGACUCUUUGGACAGCAGCAAUAAAUCUUCUGAAGGAGCACCAUGGAAACGAGCAGCGGUAUACGGCAAAGAUUCGUCAGAUGGGUCCUUGGUGUCAGCAGCCACCUCCACUGCGGCCAGCAGGGCUGCGUUUUUUGCAGGCUCCUCAUUAAGAUCGUCAGGCAUGGCCACUUCGUCCCUGGCCAAGGAGAAGGCAGAAGGAGAUUCGGAGGGUACAUCUUCAGCUCCACCAGCGGACGACAUUGUCGACGUCUGAUAGGAUGCUGGUCAAGUCACAUCUGUUUCCCUUUAUGUGUGUGCAUGUGCGUGUGUGUCACUAAUGUGUGUCUCCUGCCUAAUAAGGUUGAUUGGUUUGAAAGAGUUGAAAGGGUGCAUGUACAGUACUUGGGUGUGUUUCAUGGAGCUGGUGAGUUACUUCGUGUAUUCUUUUUACCAUGCUGUUGCAAUAACUAUUAAAUCAGACUCUCUUUACCUGUGGAACAGUGUGACAAAAGUUUUAUUAUUUUUUACAUUGAAUGUAGGAGUACUCCUCUUACAGUAGUCAUAUUUUUGUCAGUGUGAAAGAAAAUGUUUGAGGAUAGAGCUGCCACUUAAUGAAAAUACUUAAACCCGUCAUCGCAUAGAAAUAGCUUGUGAAAAGCUGUAUAUAUGACCAGAAUUCUCUUAUGCAGCAUUCGGUACACUGUUGUGUGGAAAUCUGCUCAUGUAGAACCAAGAAAAAUAUGUUAGCUUUGUGUAUAUGAGUGUAUGUAUGUGUGUGUGCAUAUGCAUGAGUGAAUGUGUUAUGGGUCCUGGGGCCAGUGCCUCUGCUCAACAUGACACAAAGUCAUGACUGUAGAACACCAGUGAUUUUAUUCAUCUUUCUCUCGCUCUCUCUCUUGUAGGUGGUUGCAAACUUGUGUAGGAGGUUUGUAGCCAUGGUUAAGGACAUAGUGAUUUUAGUAUAGAGGUGUUGAGGAACUCUUCUUGCCAUUGAGAAAUCACCUGUGUUGCACCAGUUGAACAUUGCUAUUAAGCUUACAAGCUUUGAGCAGAUGUGCGAGUGAAGUGGGUACCAUUAUGUAACAUUAGGCUUUUUACUGUGUGUUGGCGUGUGUUAAACUGGAUUUUUUUUUCAUGUUUAUGUAUUUACUGUAGUGAAAUUUUGUGGCCCAUAAUUGUUAGCCUGCCCAAUUUUUAUGCUGGUGUAAGCUGUUUGUGUUUGACAAAAAUAAGCAUAUUGCAGUAAUGUUGGGUGUACAUUAUGUGCAUUCCUGGUAUCAAGUGACGUGGUUUGGGUACUGGUUUAGUUUGAUAGUGUUAUAAGGCUGUUGGUUGCAAGUUUUCUCUUCUUUUUUAAGACAUCUAAGUAGCCUAAGGAAUAAGUGAAAAUGUGCAUAGUCGAAUUUCAGUUUAAGGAAAUUUUCUGUCUUGUAAAGUUCGUCAUUUCCUGAUACUCUUCUUGAGAAAACAAAAUCAUAGCUUUCUAAGUUUAUGAAAGUAAUUGUUAGAUUGCAUUUUUUUAUUAAGCCUUUGCACUUAACAUGCGGCAAGUACUGCUGUGCCUCCUGCAGUCUGGCAGCAACAUUGAAUGUGUUCCAUUCUUGCUGAUGAGCACACUCUGGAACACACGAGCAGUAUGGCUAUGAGUGUCUUUUUCUGGGUGCUUAUUUCCUGACCUAUUGUUUAACCACGUUUACAAAAUGCAACCAGAGUUUAUUGAUAAACUUGUAAAUGACACAUGGGGGACAUAUUGAUUCCGUGUUUGAUAGGGGCUGUGCUCUCAUCGUCAUCUUUCAUUUCUGGCAUGGCUAGACAAAAAUAGCUUUCAGCUCAAUAUUUGCCUGGCAAUAAAUGUAGUUCCAGGCUAUGCUGGCUUCAGACAAUUUUGCCUUCUUUCUUUCUUUUUCUUCCUUUCUUUUUCUUUUUCUUUUCUUUCUUUCUUUCUUUCUUUCUUUCUUUCUUUCUUUCCCCAUUGAGUAUGCUCUUAAUCAGACUUCCCCAUGCUACCUCUUUGCACACAAGUAGCAUUGUUGACAGCCACAGGAUGGCCGACACAAAAAUUCAUAAAGCUCAAUCUUGAAACAGCCAGCAUCACUUGUAUGCUCUGUGGAGUUGCUGUUAACAUGUGGAUUGUUCUUUCUACAGGCACUGCAGGAGGAUGACCCUUAGCUAUACAAGUAAUCAAAUAGUUUUGUCUGCAGCACAAAUAUAGCUAUAGUUCUCAUAUAAGGAACUCAGAAUAAGUCAGUUCCAUGCCUAAGGCACUUUGUUUCCAUAAAGAUGCCAUUUUGAGACACAUCGAGCAGUAGCUAAGACGUUACUGUGCACAUCAUCUUGUAUCAGGAUGGGCCAUGUUACCAUGACCUGCAGGGUGGCAUGCUGUUUGCUUUGUUGAAAAUAUGCUCUCAGCCUGAUUUAAAAUACCUUGCGGUACUGUGAAUAAUUUUCACUGUGAGAAUUCACUAUUUUGUCUCCACUCUACUAGUUUAUGUGGCUAAACAGAUAUAGUUUUAACACUUGAAUUAUGUAAUCGCCAUAUUUUAUGCUUAAAUCUCUCUGUCUGCAUCUUUUCAUUUAUAUAGUUACACUUUUGCGUAUCUGAACCACAGUGUAUUGAAGAAUUUUUUCAUUUCUUUUUACAAAGUUCUUGGCUACAAGCAUGACUUCGUUAAAUCUGUCUUUAACUGCACAAAGGAAAAGCCACCUUAUCUAUAUACCCAAGUUUGCCAUGCAAGGAAGUGCUUCAGAGAUUACAGUGGCUCUCACCAAGUGAUCUCAGGGGAGGAGAGCGAGGGAGUGUAAUGGAUAGGGUGUUGUCUAACCAAAGACAACUCUACAUAGUAAGGACAAAUUUUAGCUUGUCCACAUCUACUAUUCCGGUGCAAAUAUCGGGACUGGAUAAGUGGAGUUUGAUGGGUGUUUGCAAGCCUGCAUCUUUUUGUCCUCUCUCAAGUUUCACCACCAGCUCACUUUUUUUUCUUUGCUCUGCAUGUUUAGAGUUCAUGUGCUGUUAUUUGAGGGAUUGUAAAUAUGCUUUUGCUGCUUGAGGACCCUUGAAGUUAGCUAAGCUAUUUCUUGCAGUCCUUGGGUGUGAAAACAAAGUGCAAUAGGGCAUUUACUGAAACACUCAGUAUAAGACAACUUGCCUUUCCUUUCUCUUGUACUAAUUUAGGCGUAAAUUCUUAAGUCGUAGUUUGUUAGCACGAGUACUCUAAGUGUUAUUUCCACUAGUAUUUAAAGCAAUCUUGCAUAGUUCUGUGUAUAUAUACAGCUUACCUGCCAAUGUCACAACUGCACUGAACACAUUCCUGUAGUAUGCCUUAAAUGGGGCACACCAAGGACUCUACAUGGGCAGCAUAGGUGGUAUGGCAUGGAAAUCGUGUCCACAUCUGCUUGUAUCCAGCAUUGUGACUGUGUGUACAAGUGCAUGCAAGCAUUUGUGUGAGUGUGUGUCUAUGUGCAUACAUGUGUGCAGCAUGCUUAUUUGCCAAGGAACCUAAUAUGUUUUGGCACUUUUUAUUGUCACAUUUCUUGUGCUUUUACUCGGCAGUCGUUACUACUCACUCUGUACCUUGAUCAUAUUUUUGUCUGCUACGUGUGAACAAUAUUGAAUGCCUGUUGUACGCUUGUAGCGUCUUUUGCGCAAGUAGUCAGCAGCCUUCUUUUGUGUAUGUGCAUGUGUGUGUAUUUUCUUGGAGGCAUUACUAUGAUGUGUGUGCUUUCUGUCUAUGCCUUUGUACAUUUAUUAUUUGUCAAAGCCUUUCCACUGCUUAACCCUCACUACUUAAACAUUAUACCAUGCACAGGAGGAUUGCUAGUAAAGCAUGUUUUUUUAUAGUCAAUUCUGCUAAAUAACCAAAAUAAUUUACGUCGUUAUGUUCUUGUCCUUACUCAGCUUCCAUGAUAAAGGGCAGGUUUACAUAGCUGGUGUGUAUGGGUUUGUUUCUUUUUCUUGUGCACAUUUCUUUUUACAUGCCUCAAAUGUGGGUGACAAUUUUAUCAGUGCAGGAGGACUGUACUGAGGGUCUAUAUUUAACUUCAGGCUUAAAAGUCUUUUUCUACUUUUAUUUUCUACUUACUUUUAUUUUGUACUUUUCUGGGUGCUUAACAUUUCAGUGCAUCAAGAAGUCUUUGUGUAUUAGCUUCUAUGGGGCUGCCAACAACCCCUUCCAUUUUUCAGAAUGGAAGGGUUUGUGCAUAGCUCUGGCUUUGUUGUUGUUUCAGAAAAAACAAAAAAACAUUAUCACAGUUUUACUUCUAUUGAUUUGUACUGUUGUUGGGUUGAUUUAAUCUGUUGGCCACUUUUGGUUGUGGAUGCUUACGUGAUGUGUACAUUGUAUUAGAAUGCAAAAGCAGUUAUUUGAGCAGGCUGCAAACUCUUCCAUGAUAGUCGGCGUUGGUAUGUGUCAACUGCUGUCGUAUUAACCCUCUUCUGUGCAUUACAUUCCCAGCCGUGUUGUGAUAGCUCUUGUGAUUAUCUUUGAAGCUUAACUGUUUGAAUCAAAGCAGUGCUUUCUGUUUUACAUUGCUGCUUUCAGUUGUGAUUGAAACUUGCUGCCUGCAGUUUUUUUUCUGAGCUUAUGGAUAUGGUGAUAGGGCACAAUUCUUUUUCUUUUUUUUAAUCAGAAAAAUGGGAAUGGCUGUGUUCCAAGCCAGAUAAUUUUCUUAUAUGUAUCUAUAUGUUCCAUGAUGUUAUUCAGUAUCUCAUGAAGCAUUCUGCUGCAUACCAUAUAAGGAUUGUUUUCUGUUGUAGUUAUAUGCUGCAGCAAUGCAAGUUCCAGGUUGCUAUCCCCUCCUCCUCUUUCUUCUUUCUAUUUGGUGCUAGAUAUUAUGAAACAUGGAGCUUGUAGGUUUAUUCCAGUGUUCUCUCUACAGCAUAAGUGCUAGAGUGUGAACUCUUUAUUAUGUUUCCCUGCAUGUGCUUGAGAGUGUGUACACAAUCAUCGCUUAUGAUUUUGGAUUGGAGUAGCUGUUUCAUGCCCAUCCAAGGUAGCAGUGGUCUCAUUUACCCAUGUUUUCACUACAUCAGCAGAGAAAAAUGUUUUUGAAUCAUAUGAAGUGGUAAAAAUGCUUCCUGAAGUGCUCUGGAGUGCUAGAUUUUGCUGUGUUCUUAUUGGUGCUUUUUACGUAGACACUUCCAAACUUGGUGGGAGGAAAUGUCUUUCACUGUAUUGCAAAGCUUAUGCAAUUUUGUAUGUCUACCUUUUAUAUUCAUACAGACUCUCUGUAAAAUAUGGACAGACUAUAGUAUGUUUCCAGAGGACCUCGUUCCCAGUAACUCUCUUCCGCUCCUUAUUAUUGUUUGAUGCCCAUGAAACUUUGGUUCGGUUCUUUGGUUGUAUGUUAAGAAACCUUUUCCAGCCCGAGUGUUAUGUAUAAUGAAAUAAAACAGGAAAAAGAAUGUUUACCGA